AUGUCUUCACUAUUCCCAUCGCAGCAGGCUCUAGCCAGCGCUUUUGCGUCUCGAUACGGGCUCCACCAAGAGAGGAAGCCGACAGAGCCUGCGCCUGCACCUAAGCAAAGACGCCUCUUCCCAGCCUGGAGUGCUAUAGAUGAUGUUAAGCACAAGGCCGAAGCCGUAGGCCAUGCUGCGGCUCAAGAAUUUGACAAGGCUAGCACGCAAGGCCCAAUCAAAGACUGGCAAAAUCGAGUUGCCCAAGGAGCUUUCAAAUACGGUGGCUACGAAUUCUUCAAAAAGUUCUACGCAGAUCUACUUGGGGAGGAUGCCGCUACGGCUUGGCGGACAUCUAUAUAUGCCGCCGCUAGUGCCUCGGCCGAAUUGAUUGCGGACGUCGCACUCUGCCCAUUCGAAGCAGUCAAAGUGCGAAUGCAGACUACUAUCCCUCCAUUUGCCACAGGAACAUUCAGUGGUAUCUCCUAUGUUGUCGGAAAAGAAGGAGUCGGAGGUUUGUACAAGGGCUUGUAUCCAUUGUGGGGUCGUCAGAUUCCCUACACGGUGAUGAAGUUCGUGUCUUUCGAACGGAUCGUGGAAAUGAUCUAUAACCGACUCCCUGGUAAAAAGUCCGACUACAACAAGGGCGCGCAAACCGCUGUUGCUUUCACCGGUGGUUAUCUUGCCGGUAUUCUCUGCGCUGUUGUGUCCCAUCCCGCCGAUGUAAUGGUCAGCAAACUCAACGCCAAUCGACAACCUGGAGAAGCAUUCGGUGCAGCUAUGGGACGGAUUUAUAAGGACAUUGGAUUUGGAGGGCUGUGGAAUGGUCUCCCUGUCCGAAUUGUCAUGAUCGGCACCUUGACCGGUUUGCAAUGGAUGAUCUACGACUCGUUCAAGAUCUUCAUGGGUCUCCCGACUACCGGUGGUCCAAAGGAAGCUAAGAAAUCAGAAGUUUAA